GAUAUUUUGUUGUCUAGAACCUGUUUUAUGACUUGCACGUAUAGGGCUUAUAAACAAUUGUAUAUAUGCAAGUGUAGAGAGAGAGAGAGAGAGAGAGACGUGAUGAUCAUAAGCAAAUCUUUGUGGUAUCCACGUUUGAUUCCUGAUGAUAUAAGUAGAGGCCAAAUCUAAGGCCAAAGUAAGAAAGAUGAGUAUGAUUCAGAAAACAGCCUUGGCUCGCAACAUCACUUUGGAGAAGGAGAGGCAGAUUUCAGUGGAUCCGAUUUCAAUGCAGGCGAAAACAGAGGCGACGUCUGUACUAGUUCAUCGCUUGCUGCCACCUGCUGCGAGUGGGAAGUUUGUAAGCUGCAGUCUCCCCAACUCGCCACGCGAGUCGAAGCAGAAGAAGAAGCACAAGAACCAGCAGUCGCCCCUGGCACGACAGCAGUCCGUGGCGCUCGGCAACCUGGAGCGGCUACGGAUGCAGAGGAGCAAGUCGUGCGGAGAGGGAAGGGUCUGCCAGCCGUCCAUGGACCUGGACCUUUGGCACCGUGGUGAGACGAAAGCAGAAGGGGGAGGAGGUGGCGGCGAGGGUGAAGUCAAGGCCAAGAGCAAGGGCGAAGACAAGUUCAGAUGCGGGACUUGCUUGUUCCUCCCGGGUUUAGGCAAGGGGAAAGCAGCCAUGCGGAAGGUGGCGGACGAGCACGUGCACGUGCACGAGCAGGCGGACGUAGUAUCCCAAAGAGUGUCUCUCGAGAAAUUCGAAUGCGGGUCAUGGAGAUCGUCGGCCAUCAUAAACUCCCCAGACGGCGAUGGAGAUGAUGCUGCUGCUUCCAAUCUCUUCUUCGAUCUCCCGUUGGAGCUGAUGCGAUGCGCCAGUGUCAACGACGUGGAAUCCCCGGUCACCACCGGGUUUCUGUUCGAUGGGAACCGAAAAGUGGUUGCCAAACUCGGGAAAUCAGACGAAUCACGCCAUGUUCGCUUUUCUUCAUCUUCUUCGCCUCGCCUCCGCAAACAAAGGGAUGAUUUCACUGCCUUCUUAGAAGCACAGAGUGCUUAAUUAUCUAAUCCCUUCACAUAUUAUUCGGAGAGCUCUCUUCCAUUUC